CUCAGAUCCAGUCCCGGCACAAACAUGUUUCUCAGAACGGAGCCAGAAAAGGGCGUGGUAGCCACCACCCAAUCAUUGGAGGGCAUGAUGGUCCACAGGUACCAGAAGAGUGGUCCACUCAAUCAAAAAUGAGGAGAUAACCUGGACAUUUUCAGCAGAAAAUCUAUGGAGAUGAUUGGUGAGGGAAAGUUUGGAGACGAGGUGACAUUGCCCAGUUGGAACUCUUUAUUGAUUGUUGCCCUUCCUAAGCUUAGUUGCUUAACCCAUGCAACAGAGGCUACACUAGCAAACCAGCUUCUUUCCAAGAUGAAGAGGCCAGAGUGAGGACUGUGGCAUUUUACAGGAGGUUGUGGCAACAUUUCCCUGCCCUGACAACAGGGAAAGUGUAUGAAUGUUGUACCAAUGACUGUAAAGAGUCUUUCUCUAGUAUGCAUCAUCUGAUGAAUCACAUGAGAGUCCAUCACAAACCUAACCGGUACUUCAAAUGUGAAGGAUGUAAACUACGUUUUCGAACACAUCGAUCUCUUUUCAAACAUAUGCAUAUUUGUUUUAACACUGUGACACAUACUCUGCCACAGAAGUUAGAGAAGCAGUGUCCCAGCCCUUUGCCUGCCAGUGAAUCAGAUCCUUUGAUUAGACAGCCGGUCUCUGUGGAGCCAGUGAAAUUUCAAAGUGUUAUCAAGCAACUUGAAAAGGAUAGCAAUGUGGCAAGCAUGGACAGCAUCAGCAAGGCAACAAGUUCAAGGUCACUCACGCCACUCCCAAAUCCCUUACCAACUCUUCACCCUUCACUAAAUUCCAUGCCAUUAGUCUCUACAACUCCACAUUCAUUUUCACUGCUGGAGCCAUCUCUGUUUGCCACACCCAGCCUAAGCAGGUUUCCUAGCCAAGCCCACACUCCAGUGCCCGGGCCCUUCAUUCCAUACAUGCAUCCAGCACCUUACGGCCUCACCCAAGGUGCCACACAGCCACGCCUCAGGUCUUAUGUGCCCUCUGAAAGUCUACCAUUCUCCAACGCAGUUUGGAGGAAGAGUGCGGCUCAAUCUGCAAACAGCAGAAUUGUAUGGGAGCAUACCAGGGGUCGAUAUAGCUGCAUGCAGUGUCCAUACUCGAGUGUGUCACGGGAAGAAAUGACCUUGCACCUGCAAGAGCAUAACAAAAUCCUCGGCAGCAGAUUACCGAAUGAGAUGGGUAUGUUCGUAAAUGCUGGCGACAACUAUGGCGCACUGCCAAUGCAAUUCAGUGAAUCUCUGUUUACCUAAGUUUACAUGGACCGAGGCCUUUGAUCAGAAAGGCAGUCACCAAUAUUAUAUGCUUUACAGUUGGAAGUUCAACAAUAUGUAUUGUGAUUGUUGGUGGAUUUGGGUCCAGUGAUUUUUUUUCUGUUGGAAGUUGACACAGAAAUAUAAAGACCAGCUUGCACCGAAAGAAGCAACCAUUUGUAUUUGCCAUCGAGACAGUGCGAAAUGGCACUUUGUAUUUCUAGAGGCAGUAGUGUAUUUCAUUUAUUUUUCAUGUGAUUUUGUUCCCCUCUGAAGGCAUUAGCACCUUGUUGGCAUACAAUUUCAUGCUUUUCAAGUGCUCUUUGCAGCAUCUCACACAACUCCCUGCUGUUCAUGGUAAAAUAGUGAGCCCUGUUUGACCACAAGGCUCAUCAAGCCUGAUUCAGCUUUGAGCUGACCUUCACACAUCCUGAAUUCCAGCCGAGAUGACUGGAUAGUCAAAAAUGUUCUCCUUAACCCAGAGCUCUGAGGCCAGUCGCAGCUCCUCUAUCUCAGCAAGAUCUAAGGAAUAAACCUGGGACUCUCCCCGUUUGCAAAGUUCAAUUGCCCUGGCUUAACCAGGAAACCUUGAGUCACAAUUUUGCACACUACCUUUUAUAACUGUAUUUUUGUACUAAGUGCCCCAGGAGUUUUAGUCAUGCAGUUCAUUGGUAUUUUGAUGAUGUGCUUAUUCAUUUCUGGAUCAAGAACCAAUGGGUUGAUAUGAAGAUUGUUUUAAGGAUAUCCAUGUUAUUGCUAUGCUUUUCCAUUUAAUUAAUCAAACGUCUAUUUUCUUCAUUUUUUGUGGAAAGCUAGAUACCUUUAGCCUUUUUUAAUCAUUUUUUUUUCGCUUUCUGUGCAAAUGUAUUUAAGGCACUAUUUGUUCGACCUUGGCUAGAUAGUACAACAUUACAUAGUGCCUGAACCUAAUGGGUAUCUCUCAUUUGCAAUAUAAUGGAGCACCAUGUCAGACUUGCUACUAGCACACAUGUUAAUGGAUUGAAGAUCCCAUUUAAAAUUUUCCAUUUUAAAACUUGCAUUUUCAAACAGUUCCCUCACUGUUCCAUUAAAUUACUCCAAUAUACGAAGAUACCCAUACCACUUUGGCUGUAUUCUUUAAAGCAUGCUGCCAAUAAGCACUGUAGAGUUUGAAGCCUCUUUUGGAAAAGUUAUAUAAGAUGAAAAUUCCAUUGCUCUUGUGGGUGGAUUUUUAUCCUAGUUUGGCUGCUUCUCAUUCAAGGUUGGUGCCAAAUGUUGUUAUGGCACUUUCUGCUUGGCGGAUUUUUCUACAGACAUUGCAUCAUCUGUUUUGAAAAUAUGUCCUUAGCAUUAUAAAUUUCCCCUUCGGCUGUAUCCUAAAAGUCUGUGGUGCGUGUGCAGCAUUGAUAAAUACUGGAACUUUAAAGUGAUGUUGUGAGAUAAUGGGUACAAAGGCUUAAAAUAUCUUUGUCUGGAAUUCCCCUCACCAUUCAAGUAUGGGUGGGGGCAGGAUUUCCUCAGUUGCUGCAUCCCAAGGCACAGUCGGUUGCUACGUUUUUUUUUUGUAGAGACAGUGCAAAUGAAAUCAAGCACCUGGAAUUAAAUACAACAAAAACAAAGGAAAAACUCAGCAGGUCUGAGAGCAUCUGUGGAGAGGAAGACAGAGUUAAUGUUUCAAGUCCGUAUGACUCUUCAUCAGAACUGAAAUAGCCACUUUCAACACACCACCCUGCUCUCAU